UUCGCUUCGUGUGGGAGUUCUUCGCUUCGUAUGGGAGAUCUUCGCUUCUGCUAACCACCGGCAAAGAAGUGGGACUUGCUUCAAUCAGUAGAAAACUACUACCUGUUUAGGAUAACAGAUCAGGACAUCGAGCUGAGUUUCUGCCUGUCACAGAGCUGUUAAGACAAGCACAAGUUCAGAACUGUUCCUGCUGUUUGGACUUCAGUAUGGCGGAUAAGUUUUAUAACAAUUUGGAGGAACCACCUACUUCUGUCAUGUUGGAAAGCUGCCAGUUCUGUCAGGUCAUCUUUGGAAACAUAGAGAAAUUCUAUGUUCCUGGAACAGAUAUAACUUGCUAUUAUAACCUUUCCCGGUACUUCAUGCCUCGCAAGAAGGAUUGGGUGGGCAUAUUCAAAGUGGGAUGGAAGACAACUCGUGAAUACUUCACAUUCAUGUGGGCCCCUGAGCCCAGAUAUUCUGAGACUGGCUAUGCUGAACCACAGCAGGUGGUUUUUAAAGGCUACUAUCUGCCAAAGGAUGAUGAGUAUUAUCAGUUUUGCUAUGUUGAUCAAGAUGGGCAAAUCAAUGGGACCAGUCACCCUUUUCAAUUCCGUACUGAGGCUAAUGAUGACAUACUUGUCAUUACUAAAGAGGGAGAAGUGGAGAAAAUACAGCAGCAAAAUGCAAUGUUGCUUCAAGAAAACAAAAACCUGAAGAAGAACCUGGCAAAUCUCCAGGAGCAGAAUAUGCAUCUACAAGAAGAACUUGUGGCAGCUAAGGUUCUUCAAGAUAAAGUGAACUCUUUAGAGAACAAAUGUGAGAAAUUUGAAUCCCAAAUGAAAGAUCUGGAAAAGGAGAAGUAUGCCAUAAAGGACGACCUGAUGCAGAUCAAAGAAGAGAAAGAAUCUGUAUUAUCUGAGAAAGAAAAGAUGGAAAGCCAGCUGAAAACCACUUUGUGCCAAAAAGAAGAAUUUCAAUUACAAGUGCAAAUUCAAAAGAAGGAGAUAGACAACCUGCAGGAGACAAUUAAAGAUAAAGCAAAGCACCUGAAAGAAUUGAAGGGAGAGAAUUAUCUAUUAAAUGCUGCCUUGUUUAGACAGCAAAUGUUGAACAAGAUCCAUGAAGAACAAACACUUACACUUCAAAUCCUGAAGAAGCAAAAAGAUGAUCUAGAGCAAGAAAAUCAGAAAUUAUGGCAAGAAAAUGAAGACUUGAAGGCAACCAUCCGUGAAAUACACAGUUCAUCUGCUGGACUCCCAUCCCAGUCACCACCUAAUUCUGGGCUCUUGUUUGAAAAUCCAUAUUCUGCAUCACCAAAAAUUGUUCAGACGAAUCCGGUCUCUCUGAAAAAGUGUCCCAUAUGCGAGGAAGUCUUCCCUAAUGACAUUGGACAACAACAAUAUUUGGAUCAUGUGCAAAAUCACAUUCUCGAUUGUCCAUAUUGCAAUAAAACCUUUGACAGCUCCGACAAGCAAGUGUAUGAUGACCAUGUCUUUUGCCAUCGCUUAGACCAGGCUUAAGCCUGCUUGCAUCACUUGCCCUAAACUAUUACACUAAUGCCUUUUUUAUUUCUUUCCCCCACUUUUUCCAUUUCUCUCCUUUGUAUGAUUUGGCAGGGAUAGAUACUUGAUCUGCUAAAAUUGACAUAUCAUUGGGCCUGAAGU